AUGUCAACUGGCGGCUUAGCGCUGCUGCUCCAUCCCGACAACCAGGCCAACACAUUUCCCGGUCUCCUUGCCAUCGGAAGGGCGGUUUACGUCUUCGAAAUCAUUCUUUUCGUAGCAGUUGCAUGCGCCAUAAGCCUCCGUUUUGUACGAUACCCAAGAUUACUCAAGGAAAGCUUGAUCCACCCUUCUGAAAGCCUCUUCUUCGCAACAUCCUUCCUUUCUCUCGCCAGCAUAAUCGGCGGUAUGCACCUGUAUGGCUUGCCAAUAUGUGGAGCAUGGCUUCUCAUCGCCUAUCGUAUCUUGUUUUGGCUUUACUUUACGGCUACCUUUAUCGUAGCCAUCUGGAGCUAUUAUUCCCUCUUCUCAUCGCCGGCUCUCAAGAUCCAGGACAUGACACCUGCCUGGGAUCUGCCCAUAUUCCCCUUCAUGUUAUCUGGAACGCUGGCUGCUAUCGGUGCAGGACAUCAAGCAGAGGCGCACGCAGUUGCCAUGAUUGUCGCCGGACUUACAGCACAGGGCUUGGGUAUGACUGUCAGUCUACUUAUGUAUGUCAUGUACGUUCAUCGGAUGAUCGAAUGGGGCUUUCCUAGUCAAAAGAGCAGACCGGCAAUGUUCAUCGCUGUUGGGCCGCCCGCUUUCACUUCGCUGGCGAUUAUUGGCAUGGCCAGGGCGUGGCCAGUGACUACUAACUUUUUUGGCGUAGGUAAGCAAGCUACGGCUCGCAUACUAGAGUUGCUUGCGACAAUAGUGGCAGUGUUCAUCUGGAGUCUGGCACUCUGGUUCUUUUGCAUCGCGCUGUUGAGCAUACUUGCUGUGGCUAAAGAGAUGACGUUUCGUCUUAACUGGUGGGCGUUUGUGUUUCCGAAUGUUGGCUUCACACUUGCGACCAUCAAGAUUGGAGAUGUAUUUGAAAGUAGGGUAGUGGGUUGGGUGGGCAGUGUUCUGACGAUGUGUCUUGUCGCUACGUAUGUAUUCGUGUUUACGAUGUGCGCAAGGGCAGUAGUCAAGCGGGAGAUAUUGAUUGAAGGCAAGGAUGAAGACACGUACGUCGGCGAGGAGAAGCCAAAGGUUAGACGGGGCGAAGAAACUGUAGUGAAAGCCCAAGAGAAGCAUGUAUGA